AUGGAGUCGGUGGUGUUCAUUUUUUCACUCAUUGACUGCUGCGCCCUGAUCUUCCUCUCCGUUUAUUUCGUAUCCUCCGGUCUCUGUUUUUUUGGCGGGCGGCCUGGGAAGAGGGAGGCUCAAGCGGGCCAGGCAGCCCUCCGUGGUCUGUGGGUGGGCGGGCUGGGAAGGACCGUUGGGGCGGCGAAGGGGCUCUGGGAGGCCGGGGGCGUCGAUGACCGUCGGCCGUGGGGGCCGCGAAGGUGCUGCUGCGGGAGAACGAGGAAAGAAGGGGCUCCUGGGAAGGAGACCGUGGGGGGGGGCAGCGAGGGGCUUUGGGGGAGCGGCCUCGAGAAUAUGUUUAAGGGAAGAAAAGUGGGGUGCGAAUGUUUUAAACGCUGCCUUUAGGUGUUUGGGGCGAGAGGAAAGGGUGGUGUGGCUAACGAGGGGUAAAAAGGGAUGAAUCCGCGGACCCUUGCACCUUCAGUCAGGGUUGGUAUCCUGGCCCAGGCAAAUGGGACAUUAGUGCCGGCCUCUUACCCCUUUGGGCCCAUUGGAGAGCCUAGACUAGAAGGCACCACUGCUGGGCCCUGGCAGCCACCCAGUUUUGCUAAGCUAUGGUAUUAGCCAUGGUGGUGGCCAAGGAGACAUGGAGGUAAUAUGGCAGCGUUUCCAGCAGAAAUUUAAAUGCACACGCAGUCUUCCUAACUGUAUAAAAACCCUGUUUUAUUGUAGCUCUGUAAAUUGUAGUAUGGCACUCAGGCAGUGCUUUUCACGGAUUGUUUUAUAUGGAUAGGUUAAAUUUUGCCUAGAACUCGCAACUUACAAAUAUAUAAAAUAUUGAAAACUGUUAUUGUUAUCAUGACAUUUUAGCUAUACACCUCAUAUGAGAUAUUUGAGAGUUCUGCUGGGGUGCGUGCUUAUACUUGGGUUGCCCCCCUAGUCCUAGAUGUGUAUACUUGGAAAUAAAUUUCAUGAAUAGGAACUUACUUAGUCUCAUGAAUGGGAGCUUACUUCCAGGUAUAUGUGCCCUUUGUUUUAUCAUUCAGACUGUUGCAAGAAUACUUCUGUGGUUGUUUUAUGACUUCUUAGGUUACAAAGGCCUUAAACAUGGCCUUCAGAUUUUUUUCUGAAGGUCAAAGUACCUUAAGUGUGCCUGCUCCUAAGAUUAACAUUUAGAUAUCUCUCAUUUUCCAAGAAAAUGUUCAAGCAUUUUAGUUAAGAAUUGUGUGAUAUCCUGAGUUUUUUCUUAAAUAUCUUGAUGCUGCUGAAGAUGUUGCUAUGCUAAAUGGUUGAUUACAUGACUAGUAUUUCCUAACUAAAAUUGCUUCCUUUUCAUGCAUCCAUUAUAAGGCAUUAUGGAGCACUGAACAUGUCAGUAUAAUUAUGCCCUGCUUCAGUUAAAUUCAGUGUAUUAAGUGGCAUACUUAGCUCUUACUUCUGUUGGUCAUGACCUGUAGUUGGGUCUAAAUUUCUAGCUCAAGAAUUUAUUGUAACAGCACAAAGAGGGUGUGUCUGUCAUGGGUUCAGCGUGAUGCCACAGUAGCCUUGUGGCAAGAAACCAUAGGUUUCUGUUUUACGUGAAUUAACAGCUCACCCUUCCCUCUGUUCCCUUUGCGUGCCUCCAGGCAGGGGAUCUGAAAGUUUUGCUUCUGAAUUUCAACAACAGUUUCCAGUGCACAAAAGGGGAUGGAAGGGAAGAGAGGGAAGAAUGUGUAAGUCUCAUUGUAGCUCAUUCACAUAAAGGGAAACCAUGGGUUUUAUUCAGCUAAGUAGACUCAAUAAAAUUGAUAUGACUGAGAUGGGUCCAUUAAUUUCAGUGGUUCUACUCUAAGUAAACUUGGUUGAAUACAAUCCCAAUGCUGCUGUUUCCUGCAGCAUAUGAAUGUGACCAAUGUGUGGUUGUAUGCUUUUGUUACAGCUGCUAUUCUGCAUUAAAUGUUCAAUAUAUAAAAUAGUUGUACAAUAACAGGAACGAACCCAAGCUGAUAGAGAGGUGUUAUCUAUAGCUCUGCAAUGAAGAUGCAACUAUUUUCUUUAUUUAAUUUGCUUUCUUGCCAUUUAUCAUAUGGUUCCAGGGCAGGUUACAAUUUACAAUUAUAAAACAAAGAAAACAGUUAAAACCACGAAACAAGGAAAGUUUAAAAAGUGUAAAAAACAGUUCCUUAUAUAAAAACAGUUUAGAAAACCUGUCAGGCUCCUGCAGACUCCAGGUAUAACUGGAACCCUUCGUGGCCAAGCCACUGUUCAGCUAUUGCUGAAGCUGCUGUGACCCAACACAGUAAUUGCAACAGUGGCCAGGGAAGCCUGCACUUAGUCUUGGGUGUGUGCGCUUAGGUUGGCACCUUAGGUUCUCUGCUUCUGCCUUAUAACUAUUAUGAUUGCUGUGGCCAGUCACGGUGGUUGUGUGGAUGCUGGGGCUUGCACUACCUAGGAUGCCAAGUUUGUUGUAGCUUGGGGCUUGGCUGUGUGCACUGAUGUUGUUAAGUCUAUCAGCGUAACAGCUGGGUUGUGAAUUCUGCUGUUACUAAUCGAUGAAUCUUCUGAAAUAGCCUCUUGCUUGUGAGCGUUCUGCCUGUUCUGUAACCUUUGUUACAUUAGUAGAAUCUCUUGUAGUCAGAUGUUUAUAUGAACUGUUUAACUCUGUUGUAAUACUCAGGGGUGGUGCAAGGCAUUUAUGGGUCUUGUGUCACAGGGUAGAGGGCUUCCAAAACCAUAGUAAUUCCUUAUCUUGACCUUCAGAUAAUUACAUUAUCAGAUUUGGAAUGUGACUACAUUAAUGCUAGAUCUUGCUGCUCAAAACUAAAUAAAGUAAGUUUUUUUUCUUUUCUCUUUUUAAAGUGAUGCAAUUCUGGAAUUAGAUUUAGAAGUGGUGUGGGGGGGGUCAUCUUAUUAAUAUGAAAUAAUCAGGAUUAUGUAACGUAUAAAAAUAAUACUGAUAGAGUCUGUUCCACUGUCAAAUAUAUUUUACUGUCAAACCAUUCCUCAUAGGGUUUGGUUUUCAGACCUUUGAUCAUCUUGGUUGCCCUCCUUUGCACGUGUUCCAGCUUGUCAAUAUCUUACUUAAACUGUGGUGCCCAGAACUGGACACAGUACUCCAGGUGUGGUCUGACCAAGGCAGAAUAGUACUGUUACUUCCCUUGAUCUGGACACUAUACUUCUGUUAAUACAGCCUAGAAUAGCAUUAGCUUUUUUUGUUGUUGCAUCACACUGUUGACUCAUGUUCAGUUAGUGGUCUGCAACGACCUCUAGAUCCUUUUUACACCUAUACAGUGGUACCUCGGGUUACAAACACUUUGGGUUACAGACUCUGCUAACCCGGAAGUAGUACCUCAGAUUAAGAACUUAACCUCAGGAUGAGAACAGAAAUCGCAUGCCGGUGGCAGCGGGAGGCCCCAUUAACUAAAGUGGUACCUCAGGUUAAGAACAGUUUCAGGUUAAGAACAGACCUCUGGAAUGAAUUAAGUUUGUAACCAGAGGUACCACUGUACCCACAAGACAGGUUCCCCCAUCUUAUAUUUGUACACCUGAUUCUUCCUGCCUAAGUGUAGAACCUGACAUUUGUCCCUAUUGAAACUUUUAAAAGACAUCUGAAGGCAGGAGGUUUUUAAUGUUUGAUGUUUUUAUUUUGUUUUUAGAUAUGCUAUAAGCCGCCCAGAGUGCCUGGGGAAACUCAGCCAGAUGGGCAGGGUAUAAAUAUAAUAAUAAUAAUAAUAAUAAUAAUUAAUAAUAAUAAAGUUUGGGCCCAGUUCUCCUGUUUAGGUCAUCUUGAAUCCCUAUUCUGACUUACAAUGGAAUAACUAAGAAAUGGAUGAGUCCUUCAUGUGUGAAUAGUUUGCUGCCUUUUGCUUAUUUGAAAAUUCACCCACUUAGAUCUAGAUGCAUUCCUCUGGUAGUACUUUUGAUGCAGGAUUUCCCCAGCACUAUGCUAAUAGUAUUUUGUCUUUGUGAGGGAAAAGGAAUCCUCUUCCCGUCCCACUAACUCUCUUUGGGACCUGGUGUCAACAUGUGGGUUGUUCAGUUAAUGGGCCUUUUGGAUCUCCCCUGAUCCUCAGAACCUGCGUUGCUCAAAUUCCUCCACCACACUCCAUGACUUCUCUAUUUUUCUCCUUGUGUUUCCUGGCUUUGGGAAAGCAAGAGCCGUGACGGGGGGGGGGGGGAAACACAUGCCUUGUUUGCUAAAGGUCCCAGAUUUAGUCCCUGACAUCUCCAGGAAGGGCUGGGAAGAACUCCUGUCUGACGACCUGGAGGCUAUUAUGCUGUCAAUACUGAGUUAGUUGGAUCAGUGCUGACUCAGUAUAAGGCUUCCUGUGUUCCAUAGCUCAUCUUGUAUACCCGCAUUCUGCUACCUUCUUGUCCUUUGCAGGCCAUUUCCUUUUCCUUGCCCAGACCUGGCCAUUUGCAACUUCCUGCAAAGUAUGCCUCUCUAGCCCAUUCCUGUGUUUUUCCUCCUUGCUCUCCCCUUGUAGUAUUGUCACUGCUUGCAUCCCAUGGCUCAGUCCCCUUUGCCACCUGGUUUCUCCUCUGCUCUUUACAGUUUGUUUCCUGUUAAGUUGCAUUAGUUCUGCAGUCAGGUUACCAUUGAUGGCUUUAAAAGAUCAACGAUUUGCCGAGGACUAGUAUCCAUUGCUAACAAAUAGCAAAGAUAUGUGUGUUGUCAAUGUCAUCCUUUUUAUGGCACAGUUUGGAUUACUGUGUCUUAAGAAUUUAAGAACAUAACACAUGCAGCCCUGCCCUUUUGGAAAGUCCUCUUCCCUCUGUGGAGCCCUCCCUAGAACUUUAGUCUUGAAGUUAAAGGCAAGCAUUUAUAAUUUGUUCCUGUAGAGCAGGGGUUAGCAAACAUUUUCUGUAAGCGGCUGGUCCACUGUCCCUCAGACCUUGUGGCGGGCCGGACUAUAUUUUGAAGAAAAAAAAUGAACAAAUUCCUAUGCCCCACAAAUAACCCAGAGAUUCAUUUUAAAUAAAAGCACACAUUCUACUCAUGUAAAAACAUGCUGAUUCCCGGAUUGAGAAGGCGAUUGGGCCGGAUCUGGUCCCCGGGCCUUAGUUUGCCUACCCAUGCUGUAGAGGGAACCUAGCAGACCAUUCAGGUGCAAAAGUAAGUAGAAAGGAACAUAGUAGUAAUGCUGGUGGAAGUGGAAUGUUACUGUUUGAGCUCAAAAUUAGGGGUUUCAGCAGAAAAGAAUCAUGCCAAUGUUUGCUUGUGUGUGUGUGUGUGUGUGUGUGAGAGAGAGAGAGAGAGAGAGAGAGAGAAAGAAAGAGCGUGCGCUUGCAAGGUGAUGCCUCAGAGCCUGGGCACACUUCUCCAUUCUGCUUCUGAAAUCUCAACAGUAGACCCUCCAAGUGCCCCUAUUUUCCAGGGACAGUCCCAGAUUUACAGAAGCCGUCCCAGUUUCUGAACUGAUCCUGGAAUUUCCGGCUUUUCCUUAGAAUAUCCCUAUUUUCAUUGGAUAAAUGUUGGAAGAUAUGCAACAGGCUACAUGUUGAAGCCUGAGCUCAGCCAAAAGGCUUAGAAACUUAAAAAAUAAGAUUAAGAUCCUUGGAAUGCUAAAUUAUGCACUUUUUUUCCAAAUCCUGCACACAACUCUGGACUUGGAUAUGUUCCCAAAUAGACCCAACUGCUUCUGUCUGCAGUACUUUUCUCAAUGCUGCCUCUGAAGUGCACGGCCAGAUCCUGAAAAGAAGUUUGGACACUUUGACGGCAUAGUGGUGUUUUUGUGUGUGUGUGUUUUUUUUAAAGUACUUGUAGUCAUGUGAAUUGUGCCAGUUCUGUGAUCAGUCGGCAGACUGAUAAUAGUGUUGACAGUGUACUUUUAUCCCAUUUGCUUGUACACUCCCACAGAGUGUUGUAUAAAGGCUUUUAUUUUUCUAAAAAUUUCUCUUUUCCAGUGGGUGAUCCCUGAAUUGAUUGGCCAUACCAUUGUUACUGUAUUAAUGCUUAUUUCACUGCACUGGUUCAUCUUCCUCCUCAAUUUACCUGUAGCAACCUGGAAUAUAUAUAGGUAAGGGCCAGUGGGGUUGUUUGUGGGUCUUUAUAACUGUUACCACUUAUUGAAAAUGUGUUUCAGAUGUGGAAUGCUGUUAUUGACUUGAUGCCGAUCAUGCUGUUCCUCCAUUAGUCUGUCUUGUUCCACAAUUUAUGAAAUUUACCAUCCUCAGCGGGAACUGCUUGAACCUCAGUGUUACUUUCUCUACUCUCUUAACUUUUAAAUCUGUCGAGGUGUUUUGCUUUUCCUGAGGACUGAUGUGACUUCUCUCCUUGAGGGCAUUUGAAGGUGGGGGGAGGGCCAGAAAGCUCACUAACUGCAUCUUGGAGCUUCUUUAUUCCUGUCCAAAUAAAAAGAUCCCAUGGGUUGAAGCAGGCCCUGAUGUUGUUUGUGUCUGCCUCCCUCAUGAUGGAUGGAAAGUUUAUUUUACAGGAAAAUAUAUGGUGGGAAUUUUUUCUGUUACAUAAAAUUCUAUACCCCCACAUCAUUGCUACUGUGGGCACUAUCUACUGCGAAAUAAUCUAUUGGUUUGUAUCAUUGCUUUCCCCUUGUGUUCUUCCAUUAUUAUUGGCAUUAUGUAAUAAUGUCCUAAGUGAUGCACAUACUGAGCCACUAAUUCCAAUAGCUGUGGUGCUCUGCCAAGUGCUGCUGAUAACAGUUGACACCACUGUUGGUAGAGCAACUAUUUAUAAGGCCUGAGCUGCUGCUUUUCCUCUAAUAUUGUGGUGAACUUAGCACGUGGUUGGUUUUCUAUAGUUGGCUGCAGUGAGAUUUGUUUGCAGCCAACUAAAGACAACCAACCAUGCCCUGCCUCUCCUAACCUCUCGCUACCAAGGAAAUAUAAUAAACAAAUAGAAAGAGAACCUACCCUAGUGACACUGACACAAAAACCCCACACAGACGCUAAGUAUUUCCACCCUACCCCCCUCCUCUUCUUCCUCAACUUUAUUCUGUACACAACACUAAUGUCUCACUUCAAAUGCGAAAAAGAUUCUGCAACCUGAAAAGAGACAAUGCAUGUACUUUCGUAAACCAAGAAAAUCUUUAAUAAAUUUUAAAAAACACAAAAAACUUAGCACAUUAGGUCAAACAUUCAUGUUCCUCUUGAUGACUUCUAUGUGUGUAUGAUACAUUAGAGGGAACUUAACAUAAUAGAUGAGAGAUGGGGAAUCUGUGGCCCUCGAGUUGUUCUUGGACUCAAACUCCCAACAGCCCCAGUCAUCCCAGACAAUGGACAGGGACAAUAGGAGUUGUAGUCAUAGCAUCUAGAAGACAGAGAGUUCCCAUCCUUGACAUAGCUGUUUUGGAACAGAAUUCCAGGUGUUGCUUUCGAUCUUUAAGGACCAUCUUCUUCCACUUGAUCAUCUUAGAUGCCCUUCUCAAAAGUGCCCUGAAUGAUUGAGGUGUAGUUGGUGGCCACAGGACAGAGGGCAUUUUCAGUGGUUGCCCCCUGGCUGUGAUUUACCUUUCUCAAAGAGACUCAUCUGACACCUGUAUGGUUAAAUUCCUUCCAGUAGCACCUUGGAGACCAGCUAAGUUUGUUAUUGGUAUGAGCUUUCAUGUGCAGAAGAAGUAUCUGAAGAAGUGUCCAUGCACACGAAAGCUCAUACCAAUAACAAACUUAGCUGGUCUCCAAGGUGCUACUGGAAGGAAUUUUUUUAUUUUGUUUCAACCUAUAUGGUUGUCAUUUUGCUGCCAGAGCAAGAUCUUUUUGUUUUUCCAAGCCUUUUGAUCUGUCUUUGCCUGCAAUAUUUUUAUUUUCUGUAACUACCCCUUUGCUGUAUUCAUACUUUUAUUGUUGAAUUUUAAAUAGAUUCAUUAGCUUUUGUGGGCUUAUGAAUAAUUGUUUAAAUAUUGUUUAAAUUGUCUCCUCAAAAUAAAAUAUAUCCAAAUAAGUCUUGUAGACAUUGCUGUAGGUGCUUGGUUGUUAACUCAUUUCUCUUUAAAAGAAAACCACUGACCUUUUUGAUGUCGAAAUGAGUAACUUGCCUGUGCUUCCAGUAGAGAGAAGCUAAAUGUGAAAGUGGUUUCUGAAGUACAUUUACCAUAUCAAAGCUGGGGGUUUUUUUUACUGUCUGUGAACCUAUUUUGUACAUUGAUGCAGGUUUGUAUGUGCUGAUCACAAGAAAGUAAGCAUUCAUUUGGUUCCCUUUCCCAUCCCCCUUCCCAGUAGAAAGCUGCUUGCAUUCUACAGUUGAUAUUGACAAGUGGAUUGCAGAUCCAUUGUAUGGUCUAAAAUUUGGGUCAGAGAACAUUUCAGCCAGCUCUCCCUCACACAUAAAUUGCUUGUGUGGAUCUACUCACAUGAAUAGUAUAAAGUCAAAACAAGGUGAUUUACGAAAGAUCAUAGCCCUUCCCUCUGUAAACAGGACAACUUGCCAUGUGUGUGUUUUUCUAAUUGCCGGUGGGAUGCUGUGAUCUCACAGAAGUCUCUCAGAUAAUGCUGUUCACAUGAGUAGGUUCUGUGCAUGAGCAACUCUUUACAAGGGUCAAGCAGCUGAAGUAGUACCCAAAUUAAGUAGCAUGGUUCCAACACACACACUGGAGAGACAGCUUUCAACUGGCCAUGUUCUUAAGCUCCUAACUAAAUUCUUCCAUGUUCCAAGUAAAUAUAUAACCCUGCAUUUGCAGUAUUCCAUUUUUCGAGAUUGGGGGAGUUCCCAGGGUUCUCCAGAUAAUGAAUUUGCACCAUAUUUUGAAAGCAUUUCUUUGUCUAGUGAAACUAAUGUUGUGCAAACGCUUUCUCCACAACUGUCCCCCUUUGCACAGACACAGUCUCCAUAUGCCCUCAUUCUUUCCAGUUGCACUGCUUCCAUCUGCCCUCACAAGUAUUCAGGUUUCCAUGUUCUCUGUCCCUUUUUCGUUUUGCUCUCCUGUUUGAGCCUUCUGAUAUCUGCCUUCCAUCACAUUACAUAUUCUCUCUGGGACAAACCUUGCUUUCCCACCAGCCAUCAAUCCAGUUUUCUCUACAAAAUCUGCUUCAAAACUUGUCUUGCCGCCGCUCUCCUUGCCUAGACCCUUCUUCAUGCUUUGAUACCUUUUGGUCCUUUCUAUUAGCACAAUGAGCUUGAUUUGUGUCUCCUCUGUGCUGGAGUGCUGUUGGCAUUACAACAUUUUUUCCUUAAUCCUUUUCAGGUACAUUAUGGUUCCUAGUGGAAACAUGGGAGUAUUUGACCCCACAGAGAUCCAUAAUCGAGGGCAGCUGAAAUCACACAUGAAGGAAGCCAUGAUUAAGCUUGGCUUUCAUCUCCUUUGUUUUUUCAUGUAUCUUUACAGGUAAGUCUCAAGUCUUACAACUUGGAAAGAAGACCAGCAGCAUAUUUAAAAUACCUGCCGCCACACCAGCUCUGAACUUAAUAGGGUUCAUCUAUCUGCUGUGCUGUUUAAGCUUUCUGCUACAUUCACAAUUCGUAAUAGUGGCCAAAUGCUAGUUCUUCCUCUCUCCUCAAACCCCACACCCCCAUUUCUUUCUUUUUGUUAAAAAAAUACUAGUUGCCUUUCAGUUUUGCUGCAUGUUCCUAUGUUCAUGUAUUUUCGUGAGGGUAUCAGGAAUAUCUGACUGACACUGUUUGUAACUGGGUUUAGGUUUAGACUGGGAGCCCAGCACAUCACGUGACCCUCUGGGAUAUCACACUACAGCUCAUCCAGGAAAGAGAUUCAAGACCUGGAUAUAUCUAAUGUAAAACAAAUCAGAAAGGCACCUUGCAAUGCUUUUGAAAACACAUCCCCAAAUUUUACUGCUGACACAUAAUCCUCACAAAGCAACAGCAGAGGUGGUCACAACUUAAAUUGAUCUUGUGGUUCUCGUGUAAAAAGGCAAGUAAACAAGGGCAUGGUUCCUUUGCGCUUCCUUAGCUGUUAAUAGCUCUUUAUUUUUAUCCUGUGAACCACCCUGAGACCUGCGGGUAUAAGGCGGUAUAGAAAUCAAUCAAUUAAUGAAUUCACCUGGUCAUGUUUGUUGUAUGGUGACUGGUUGUCACACAAAGACUUCCAUCACUGCUGGCUUUUUCUUUGAGAGCCUCUCUGUGGGCGAAGUUUAUUUGUGGCGACACUCACUGCGGAAUGAGGUGCGAGUCCACUCUUAACUUACACUUUCUGUUUAGAUGCGGUAUGUUUUGUUCUUCCAGCUGGAUAUUUCUUUUCACGCUUGUGGCUUUAUACAAAAACAUCCUAGGAAUUGUAGUUUAGCUGGGUGUUAUCUGCUAAGAGAUCCCUACUCUCUUUCCUGCCGCAUCAGAAGUACAGUUCCCAAAGUUCUCUGGGAAGAGAGAAUUUGUGUUUAACAAGUUGAAAGUCUGUAGUAUACAGUGUUUGUCAUCUUGUCCUGUAUACAGUACUGCAGGCUCAGUUUUUGAGCAGUUCCUUGUUUCUGUUUAAAUAUCUGCAUUCAGGCCACACCUUGAGAAGAUUCCAUAUACAGAAGAUUCCAUAUAUGUAAAUUGUCAUAUAUUUAGAUGUUAUCAUACAUAUAUGACAAAAGUGUCCCAUUCCUUCCCUAGAAUAUAGGCCCGGUUCCAGGGUGGUUAUUCUGCAUGUGUGGAAUGGUUUUUGGAAUAAAUGCCAUGUGCUCAUAGAUGGGAAGUAACACUGUGUGGUGUUCACACCAUUCACUUAGUUUCAUCAUUUCAGGCUGUGAGGUUGGAUUUCUGGACAGGUUUAAGUUAUAAGGAUUUUCUUCGAGGUUCCCAGAGAUGGAAAUCAUUGGUCCAUCUGUGCUGGGGAUGUUGCAACCGAUGAUGAAAGUGGUCCUUGCCUUUAUUUGAAGGCUUAAGAUCUAAAUGCUUUUGAAACUGUGGGUGGUGAACUAUUGACAAGACAGGCCUGUUUAAGACGCAGUCCUACAUGCCAUACCAGCUAUGCAUAAUACAUACCUUGUAAACUCUGGAAUUUGUCUAGCACUAGACAUGCCUUAUAAAGCCUCGAUUAUCAAGCAGCUUUAAACUUGAGGAUAUCCUGGACUAAAAGUGACUUGCUGCGGUAACGGCUAGCCUUGUACAAUCACAUAUGCUACCACUUUGCAUCACGAUGCCUAGUUCUUCAGUAAGACCGGACUAUGCAAAUGAACCAAAUGGAAACAACUUUGCCAAUGUUGCUAGCAUAAUAAAGAUGCAAGUUGCAGGGUGUGCAUGUAAGGUUAUCUAUUUAAAAUUGUACCUUUAAUAUGUUUUCCUUCUUUCUGCAGUAUGAUCUUGGCGCUGAUAAAUGACUGA